AGGAAAGAAACAGAAUACAAAUUCCAUCUCAAACUCGGUGUUGUCGUUCCCUUGGCGGCUAUUCCUGGUGCUCACGUCGCGGCGAUCUUGGUCGACGGCCACGGGCUGUGACAGAACGGUGGGCGAGGAGGAUGUUGGGGUAGACGGCAGCGUGGAUGGCAGAACGUGGGCGAGGGUUGGUGGGGAUGGAGGGAUAGAUGUGGAAGUUGACUCUGAACUUUUAAUAAAGUAGUAUAGAUUUGGAGUUGGAUGAGUGCUGCGGAUAGCCUGAUCCUGAUGCAACACGACGAAAGCAGGAUCACCGGAGUGGCACAGAUCUCACGUCCUGUGUCGUCGUCUGUCUCGCGCGUGUUCAAGAACUGAGCCCAGCGGGAUUGGAAAAAAGAUUCCUCGCCCAACCCUACCCCAGUCCCCAGGCGAUCUCGCAUGGCCACCGGACCGCGGUCUCUCCACGCCCUCCUCGGCGGCGGUGCAGUUGCCGACUUGCUGCUGUGGCGACGGAGGAACGCCUCGGCGGCAGCUGUGGUGGGCGCCACCACGGUCUGGUUCGUUUUCGAGCGCGCGGGGUACAGCUUCCCCUCCGUCCUCUCCAACGCCCUGCUCCUCCUCGUCGCCAUCCUCUUCUUCUGGGCCAAGUCUGCGUCGCUGCUCAACAGGCCUCUUCCACCUCUUCCUAAUCUUGAGGUCUCAGAUGCGAUUGUUGAAAAAGCUGCAAAUCAUGCUCUUGUAUGGAUCAAUAGGCUGCUGGCUGUUGGUCAUGACAUCGCCAUCAAGAGAGAUAGGAAAGUUUUUAUAAAGGUGAUACUGAUUUUGUGGGUGGUUUCAUUCAUUGGAAUGCUCUUCAAUUUUCUUACGCUUAUUUACAUUGGUGUAAUGCUUUCUCUGUUGGUUCCACCACUCUAUGAGAAGUACCAGGACCAGGUUGAUGAGAAGGUUGGUGUAGCGUACAGUGUACUAUCAAGGCACAUAGAUACCAUCAUUACCAGGGCUGGGCAAUCAGCCAAGCAGAAGAAGACUGAGUAAAAGAAACGUUUUGCUGUAUUGUGGAACAUCCCUGGUUGUCCAAUGAAGUUGACAGUGGGCCUUUCAUCUUUGACCCUCUAUUCCACUAAAAUGAACCCUCGAUAUGCUGAUAUGAGGUUUUGAUGUGCAUUACGGGAAAUGAGGUGGCUUGUGUAUUUCCUUUUUGGACAUGGGGUUUACUAUGGGUGCAUAUCGCACUCGGAAUGAUAUCGAGAAAUUGCGACUCGUACAUGCAAUUAUGCAGGCUGCUUGCUCUGUUAGUCAUAUGAUCUUUCCGUCAGUGAUUUUAAGUUUUAGGCUGCUCC